AUGAGGGGCCCCAGUCGUUGGCCCGGCUCACUGGCUUGCAUCAGCCUGGUGGUUGCCGUGGUGACAAUUUGUAUCAUUCCGUACGCGAGGAAGGAGAAUGUUCCGGUCGAGAUGACGGCGAACAACUUCCAGAAGGGUGCGAGAGCAGCCGAGUUGAGAUUUCAUCGCACCUUUCAGCUGGCAACGAGGGACAAGGAGGAGUACAGGAAGCAAUCGCGGCUGGCAAAGAAAGAUUCGAUGCUUGCAACUUCAUUCCACAAGGCCUCUCAGAAGCUCUCCAGUAACGCUGUCAAGCUGCAUGAGGAAUCCGAAUCCAACAAUCUGAAGCUAAAGGAGGACUACAAGGAGAUAUCCAGGGACAUGCGACGCCUUCAAGUGCAAAGGAGUGCCCUGGGUCUGGCUAGAAGACAAGUCGAAAAGGAGGAAGCGCUGAACAAAUUCAUGGAGGCAUCAAUCCCCCACGUGCAGACAGAAUUAAAAUAUGUCGAUGGAAAGAUGGACGAUUUGCGUCGUGCGAAGGGUUUGAUUGAGAAGGAGCUGAAGAAGGGUAUCCAAGAAGAUCAUGCUGCUCGAGUCCUCGCAGACAAGUCACGGGUUGAGCUGGAUCGUUAUCAACAGCAGGCAGUUCAUGCUCGCCAAGAAAUGAAUGAAGCCAACACAAGAAAAGCCAUUCUCCUGUCUCAAGCCAAGGUAGCGAGCAAAAAGGCUCGUUUCCUCCAGGCAAUGGCUGGCCAUUCACAGGGCAAAGCUAAUGAGGGAGAGAUCGAAGGUCUGGCAAAUAGAUACGAGCUAGAAGCAUCAUCUCUGAAACACAAAGCUUCAGAGAGCAGCAAGGUGGCCUCCUUGUGGGAUGCGAAGGCGAAAGAGUCUCUCACUUACCUCACUAUGCUGAUGGACAACGCCAAAUCUGCUGCUUCUUAUGUGGAAGAUGUAAGGGGGCUUGGAAGUAAGAUGAUGCUGGAGCACAAGGAGGAAAAAGAGCUCGCGCAUGAAAAAGCAAGGUUGUUGCGAAGAUUGAGGGACGAGAAGAAAGAAGAAGACAAAGCUCUGGAGCGAUUGCACCUGAGCAAGAAAGCUUUGCAGAUUGGUGAGAAGAAGACAGAAGAUAGUGAGAAACGAUUGAAGGCGAUAGAGAGGAACUAUCAAGCCUUGGGAGAAGAAGAUGCAGACAAGGACAAGCAUGCGAGGAUCUAUCUUCAAAAGGCUUGGUUGGAUGACAGACAGGCAAGGGACCUAGGAGCUGCCGCUCAGAUGCACCAGAACGCAGCCUUGGAAUUGUCAAGUGCUUCAAGAGCUGAGGCGACAGAAGGAAAGGCACUGGUGCAGGAAGCUCGCGACCUUCUCAAGUUUUCCAAGUAUAACGGGGAAGCCAAGAAGGAGCAUGAGGAAUUGAAAACUUUAAGUGGAAGGAGAGACCAUGUCUCUUCUGUUAUUGGUUGGUGACGACACUUGUAAAUGUUACAACUACUGGUCUC